AUGUUACCACCCAACCACAGUGACGGUCUCUACAUGUUACCACCCAACCACAGUGACUGUCUCUACAUGUUACCACCCAACCACAGUGACUGUCUCUACAUGUUACCACCCAUCCACAGUGACUGUCUCUACAUGUUACCACCCAACCACAGUGACUGUCUCUACAUGUUACCACCCAACCACAGUGACUGUCUCUACAUGUUACCACCCAACCACAGUGACUGUCUCUACAUGUUACCACCCAACCACAGUGACUGUCUCUACAUGUUACCACCCAGCCACAGUGACAGUCUCUACAUGUUACCACCCAGCCACAGUGACAGUCUCUACAUGUUACCACCCAGCCACAGUGACUGUCUCUACAUGUUACCACCCAGCCACAGUGACGGUCUCUACAUGUUACCACCCAGCCACAGUGACUGUCUCUACAUGUUACCACCCAACCACAGUGACUGUCUCUACAUGUUACCACCCAACCACAGUGACGGUCUCUACAUGUUACCACCCAACCACAGUGACGGUCUCUACAUGUUACCACCCAGCCACAGUGACGGUCUCUACAUGUUACCACCCAGCCACAGUGACAGUCUCUACAUGUUACCACCCAGCCACAGUGACAGUCUCUACAUGUUACCACCCAGCCACAGUGACAGUCUCUACAUGUUACCACCCAACCACAGUGACGGUCUCUACAUGUUACCACCCAUCCACAGUGACUGUCUCUACAUGUUACCACCCAUCCACAGUGACUGUCUCUACAUGUUACCACCCAACCACAGUGACUGUCUCUACAUGUUACCACCCAGCCACAGUGACUGUCUCUACAUGUUACCACCCAGCCACAGUGACUGUCUCUACAUGUUACCACCCAGCCACAGUGACUGUCUCUACAUGUUACCACCCAGCCACAGUGACUGUCUCUACAUGUUACCACCCAACCACAGUGACUGUCUCAACAUGUUACCACCCAGCCACAGUGACUGUCUCUACAUGUUACCACCCAGCCACAGUGACAGUCUCUACAUGUUACCACCCAGCCACAGUGACUGUCUCUACAUGUUACCACCCAGCCACAGUGACUGUCUGUUACCACCCAACCACAGUGACGGUCUCUACAUGUUACCACCCAACCACAGUGACUGUCUCUACAUGUUACCACCCAGCCACAGUGACUGUCUCUACAUGUUACCACCCAACCACAGUGACUGUCUCUACAUGUUACCACCCAGCCACAGUGACAGUCUCUACAUGUUACCACCCAGCCACAGUGACUGUCUCUACAUGUUACCACCCAGCCACAGUGACUGUCUGUUACCACCCAGCUACAGUGACUGUCUCUACAUGUUACCACCCAGCCACAGUGACUGUCUAUUACCACCCAGCCACAGUGACUCUCUGAAAGAGGUUCAGCUCUUCCCUUCAGGCAAGGUACUGGUACCCCCCCCCAGUAAGUGA